GCCAGUGCCAAGCAAGCAAGCAGUUAGUUGGCUGCUGCUCCCUCCCACACAUGUACACUGACACCUUCUUCCUCCUCCUCUCGCUGUCACCUUCUUCUUCCCUUGCACGUCACACAAGCCGACGCCGACGCCCAAUCCCCCCUUUCACCAAUCCCCAGUAGUACAGCCCAAGCAACCCCAACCCCGGCGGCCCCUCAAACUCUCCUCUCAACUUCUCCCUCGUGCACCUCGCUGCUGCAACCCACGAGCUAACUAGAAACCCGCGGGCAAUUAGAACUUUCCCUUUCCUUGGCCUUCCUCAAUCCCCUUCCUCUCGAUCAAGCUCGGCUAUGGCGGCCGGCGUAUUAUUGGUCGUGGUGGCGGCGGCCAUGGCGAUGGCGGCGGCGGUGGAGGGGAGGUUCGUGGUGGAGAAGAGCAGCGUGAGGGUGCUGGCGCCGGAGCACAUCCGGGGCCACCACGACGCCGCCAUCGGCAACUUCGGCGUGCCCGACUACGGCGGCACGCUCACCGGCGCCGUGCUCUACCCGCCGGACAAGAAGGAGGCCAACGGCUGCGCGCCGUUCGCCUCCAAGUUCACCGCCAAGUCCCGCCGCCCCGUCGUCCUCCUGCUCGACCGUGGAGAAUGCUACUUCGCGCUCAAGGCGUGGAACGCGCAGCAGGCGGGGGCGGCGGCGGUGCUGAUCGCGGACAGCGUCGACGAGCAGCUGCUGACCAUGGACACGCCGGAGGCUUCGCCGGGUACGGAGUACAUAGACAAGAUCAGCAUCCCGUCGGCGCUGGUGAACCGGGCCUUCGGGGAGUCCCUGAAGAAGAUGGCUGAGAAGGCGGAGACCGAGGGGGAGGUAGUGGUGAAGCUCGACUGGCGCGAGUCGAUGCCACACCCUGACGAGCGUGUGGAGUACGAGCUCUGGACGAACAGCAACGACGAGUGCGGACCACGGUGCGACGAGCAGGUGGAGUUCGUGCGAAGCUUCCGUGGCCACGCCCAAAUCCUCGAGCGCGGCGGGUAUGCCCGCUUCACCCCGCACUACAUCACCUGGUACUGCCCCGACGCCUUCAAGCUCACCCGCCAAUGCCAGUCCCAGUGCAUCAACCACGGCAGGUAUUGUGCGCCGGACCCGGAGCAGGACUUUGGGGAAGGGUACGAGGGGAAGGACGUGGUGGUGGAGAACCUGCGGCAGCUCUGCGUGCACCGCGUCGCCAACGACACGGGAAGGCCGUGGGCGUGGUGGGACUACGCCAUGGACUACAAGCUCCGGUGCUCCAUGAAGGAGAAGAAGUACAGCAAGGCCUGCGCCGAGGACGUGGUCACAUCGCUCGGGCUGCCGCUAGACAAGGUGCUGGAGUGCAUGGGGGACCCCAAUGCCGACGCCGAGAACGCCGUCCUGUCCAAGGAGCAGGAAGACCAGAUUGGCAGUGGGUCGCGAGGAGAUGUGACCAUCUUGCCUACGCUGGUCAUCAACGAUGUUCAGUACAGAGGGAAGCUGGAGAGGACGGCGGUGCUCAAGGCCGUGUGCGCCGGCUUCAAGGAGGGGACUGAACCUCGCGUCUGCUUGAGCCAUGACAUGGAGACGAACGAGUGCCUUCACCGGAACGGCGGAUGCUGGCGAGACGAGGCGACCAACGUGACUGCUUGCAGGGACACGUAUAGGGGCAGGGUGUGCGAGUGCCCCACGGUGAACGGCGUCCAGUACCAGGGCGAUGGCUACACCAACUGCAAAGCUGUUGGGCCGGGGAGGUGCUCGCUGAACCACGGAGGGUGCUGGUCGGAGACCAGAGGGGAACACACAUUCUCCGCAUGCUCGGACACGGCGCUGACCGGAUGCCGGUGCCCGCCGGGGUUCCAUGGCGAUGGCCACAAGUGCGAAGAUCUGGACGAGUGCAAGGACAAGCUGGCGUGCACUUGCCCGGACUGCCACUGCAAGAACACCUGGGGCAGCUACGAGUGCGGCUGCAAGGGCAACCAGGUCUACAUACGAGGAGAGGACAUCUGCAUAGCUAGCAGCAUGUCAAGGUUUGGCUGGCUCGUCGGCGUCCUUGUCGUGUCCUGCGCCGUCGGCCUAGGGGUCGCCGGAUACGUGUUCUACAAGUACAGGCUCCGGUCGUACAUGGACUCGGAGAUCAUGGCCAUUAUGUCCCAGUACAUGCCGCUUGACAGCCAGAACAACGAGCACCAGCCUCUCAGGCAACAAGAGUCAGAAGCCUAAGGCAGCAGAUGGGUUUGUAAAGUGGAACAUGCAGAGUUACCUUGUGUUUCAACCCUACUCGGCAGAUACUAAGUUGUGGUUUCAAUCUUGUUGUUUUUUUACAUCUGUGUAAAAUAGAAAAGAAAACAAUGAUUUGUACAAUAGCAGAAGGGGUGAACUGUAGAUAAUUAGCUAGGUAGGCAUUUCCGCUCCCCUUGUGGAUCAAUACACAAUACAAACAGAUUACUUUGGCCAAGAAACAAAUUUGCACAAUAGAUGACCCAUAUCAGCACUGGUGUUUUCCUCAUUUGAGGUUUGUUUUCUUGAAUGCUUUCCUGAAAACACCAGGAGCUUCUUAUUA